CAGAACGGCUGCCUCGCUCCCGGAAGUGGAGGGUCUACACGCAGAGUGCCGCUGGGUCUGGGUGCCCGAAGGCAGAAGCGCUCUCGGACCUUCCCCGUCGGUCCCCGACCGCCAUGUCGUCUUUCGACACCAACCCCUUCGCGGACCCAGUGGACGUAAACCCCUUCCAGGAUCCCUCUGUGACCCAGCUGACCAGUGCGCCACAAGGAGGCCUGGCUGAAUUCAACCCCUUCUCCGAGACAAAUGCAGCGACAACGGUUCCUGUCACACAGCUCCCUGGGCCCUCGCAGCCGGCAGUUCUCCAGCCCUCAGUGGAGCCAACACAGCCAACCCCCCAGGCUGUGGCCUCUGCAGCCCAGGCGAGCCUCCUCCGGCAGCAGGAAGAACUGGACAGGAAAGCAGCUGAGCUGGAACGCAAGGAGCGGGAGCUGCAGAACACUGUGGCCAGCUUACACAUGAGAGAGAACAACUGGCCGCCCCUGCCCAUGUGGUGCCCUGUCAAGCCCUGCUUCUAUCAGGAUUUCUCCACAGAGAUCCCUGCCGACUACCAGCGGAUAUGCAAGAUGCUCUACUAUCUCUGGAUGUUGCAUUCAGUGACUCUGUUUCUGAACCUGCUUGCCUGCCUGGCCUGGUUCUUAGUCGACACCUCCAGGGGAGUAGACUUUGGCCUCUCGAUCUUGUGGUUUGUGAUCUUCACCCCCUGUGCCUUCCUUUGUUGGUACCGACCCAUCUACAAGGCUUUUAGGUCCGACAACUCUUUCAGCUUCUUCGUGUUCUUCUUUGUAUUUUUUUGUCAAAUAGGGAUCUACAUCAUCCAGUUGGUCGGCAUCCCUAGCUUGGGGGACAGAGGCCCUGUCAUCUCAGGAGAUGGAGCCCUUGCCCCUCGUGGAUCGGCUCCUUCUGGCUGCUCUCCUUGCGCACAGCUGGCUUGAGUGCCCUGGCUACUGCAGUCUUCAGCUCAGAAUUAGUCUCAGAAAGAAAAGCCGAUGGCUGAUGUGUUCCUUUCUGCUCCAGUGCACAGGGAACAUUACAGAAAGGUCAGGCUGGCACUUGGCUGAAAGCCUGAGCCUGGAAGGGCUGUACUAUUUUGGUCCCCUCCCUCCAGUGGAGCUGGCAAGUCCAGAGUGGUGGGGAGGGGUGACUCAGCUCGCACUAGGAGCAAGUGCACGCUGCCCUCCCCCCACCCCUCUUCCUUCUCACCUUGCUGUUUCUAAUCUGGCCCCUUUUCUCUUUGACUGGUGACCCAGUUUCAUUACUCAUUACCCUAAGUGAGGUCCUGGUAAAAGGCUGUGAUUUAUAACUGCUGUUUAUACCCCGGACUGGGAGCCAGAAGGCUUGAGUUCUGGUCCUGGCUCAGCCCCUCACUGCCCUGCCUGGAUGAGCUCUGCAGCCUCCAGCCUCCCAGUGCCUUUCUCAUCUCACCUCAGAAUCCCCCCGAUUGGGUGGAUAUAAUCCCCCCUCCCUUUUUUGUUAUUGAUUGUAAAAUACACAUAACAUAAAAUUUAUCAUUUUAUUUACCACUUAAACCAUUUUAAAAUGUACAAUUCAGUGGCAUUUAGUACAUUCACAGUGUUUUGCAGACAUCACCACUGUCUAGUUUCAGAACAUUUGUUUCACCCCAUAAGGGAACUCCAUGCCCAUUAAGCAGUCAUUCCUCAUUCCCUCGUUCCCUUGUUCCCUGAGCCCCUGGCAACCAUUGAACUGCUUUCUGUCUCUCUGGAUUUGCCUAUUCUGAACAUCUCAUAUAAACGGAAUCAUACAACAUGUGGCUUUUUUGUGCCUGGCUUCUUUCACUUAGCAUAAUGUUUUCAAGGUUCAUGUUAUUACUUCAUUCCAUUUUAUGGCUAAAUAAUGUUCCAUUGUUUUUGGAGAUACUGCAUUUUGUUUAUCCACUCAUCGCUUGAUAAACAUUUGGGUUUCCACCUUUUUGCUGUUGUGAAUAGUGCUGCUGUGAACAUUUGUGUACAGGUUUUUGAGUACCUGUUUUCAGUUCUUUUGGGUGUGUAUCCGGGGGUGGAAUUGCUGGGUCAUAUGGUAAUUCUGUGUGUAAUUUAUUGAGGAACUGCCAAACUGUUUCCCGCAGAGGCUGAACCAUUUUCAUGUUCCCAAUAGCAAUGUAUGAGAGUUCUGGCCCCUCCAUAUCCUCACCAGCACUUGUUAUUUUCCUCUUUUUUUUCCUUUUUUCUAUUAUAGCCAAUCGAGAAGUGUGGUAAUUCAUUGUGGUUUUGAUUGCUGUUUCCUGAAUGAUUGUGAUGUUGGCCAUCUUUUAUAUGCUUGUUUGGCCAUUUGUAUAUUUUCUUUGGAGAAAUGUCUAUUCAUAUCGUUUGCUAAUUUAGUAAUUGGGUUGUCUAUUGUUGAGUUCUUUAUAUAUUCAGCAUUGUAGCUGCUUAUCAGAUAUAAAUUUUUUCCUUUCUGUGUGUUUUUCACUCUUGAUAGUAUCCUUUGAUGUACAAAGGUUUUAAAUUUUGAUGAAAUCCAAUAGUUUAGUUAUUAUUAGGUUUGAGUUAAUUUUUGUAUGUGGUCGAAGUAGGGUCCCCCUUCAUUGUUUUGCAUGUGGAUAUCCAGUUGUCCCUGCACCAUUUGUUGAAGAGGCCAUUUUUUCCCCAUUCAGUGGUCUUGGCACACUUGUCAAAAAUCAGUUGACGAUUGGGAUUUCCCUGGCAGUCCAGUGGUUGGGACUCCACGCUUCCGGGGAACUAAGAUCUCACAUGCCACGCGGCCAAAAAAAAAAAAUCAGUUGACGAUAAUACAUAGGUUUGUUUCUGGACUCUCAAUUCUAUUCCAUUGAUCUAUACAUCUGUCCUGAUGCCAGUACCAUACUGUCUUGACAGCUAUAGCUUUGUAGUAAGUUUUUAAAUCAGAAAAUGUGAGGACAUCCCCUUUAUAGAUGAGGACACUGGGGCUCAGGAAGGAGACAUGACUGGCUGGAGGCAGAGGGGCUGUCCCUGAGCUGCAGUGGGAGGAGCUGAGGUGAGGGGAUGAAUGUAGCGGGUUGGCCAGUGGUCCUCCUUCCCAGAGGGAGGGCCCUCAGGAGUGAGCAGACAGGCUCUCCAUGUCCCCCUAACCCCCAGAGCAGCAGGAAAAGGCUCCACCAGGGCUAUUCCUGACUGUGAAGGCAGCAGCCGCAUCCUCCCUUCCAGACCUCACAUGGCCCAAAGAUUCCCAGUGGGCAGUGUGGGGCCUGAUGGCCUUCACAGAGGCCUGGCCUCUCACAGGCCAAGGGUUUCUGGCCCACAGGGCUCUGUGCUGCAGGGAGAUGCCUGGGCAGUGUUCAGCACACAGUGGCCAUUUGGAGAAGAGCCCCUCACGGGGAGCUCUGGGGCCCAAUCCCACUACACCCCCUCCGGCCUCUUCCUCCC